AGGGGAACCCCGGGAUAUGGGGAGGAGGGGGAGAGGGGGGAACCCGGGAUAUGGGGGAGAGGGGACCCCGGGAUAUGGGGGGAGAGAGGGAUCCCCGGGAUAUGGGGGGGAGAGGGGGGAACCCCGGGAUAUGGGGGGGAGAGGGGGGGAACCCCGGGAUAUGGGGGGAGGGGGGGAACCCCGGGAUAUGGAGGGGGAGGGAACCCGGGAUAUGGGGGGGGGAACCCCAGGAUAUGGGGGAGGGGGAACCCCGGGGAAAACCCUACCCUUACAUCCUCCGAUUCUAAGACCCCAUUUAGUAAUGCCCUCUAG